CCCCCAAUCUCUUAUCACCAACCGACUCGUUCGAUAACAAACAAUGACAUUCACUGUCACCUCAGUGCUCGCCUCUCGGCCUAUCCACGCUCCCGAACCCCAUCCCACCACUCCGCGUCCUUAACCGAACCCUCCUCACGGUCAUUGCUGUCGCCAAGGCGAACCGCUGCACCGCCACAAUCGGCAAGAACCACCGUUCCACUACAGUUCCUCCGGUUUAUCUAACAGUUGCAUCCAUGCAAGCUAGAAAGUGAAUCGAGAGUGAAAUGGCAGCGGACGCAGUCAUCGAUCUGACGCUGAGCGCCCCCCAGGUGGUGCAAAGCGCCCGCGACAGGUUCAACGAGGGCCGGACGCGACCUCUGCGCUUCAGGAAGAAGCAGCUCAACGGCCUCCUCGAGUUCGUCAAAGAGAACCAAAAUGCCCUGUUGGAGGCGAUGCACCAGGACCUGAAGAAACCGAAACAGGAGGUGAUGGUGCUGGAGAUCAUCCCGUUCGUGAAGGACGUGGAGCAUGUGUUGAACCACCUGGACGAGUGGGCCAAGCCGGAGAAGCCCAGGAAGGCGAUGGUCAACUGGAUGGACGGGGUGAUGGUCUACAACGACCCGUACGGGGUGGUGCUGGUGAUGGGCGCGUGGAACUACCCCCUGCAGCUGACGAUGACGCCGGUGAUCGGUGCCAUAGCAGCUGGGAACAGCGUGGUGAUUAAACCGUCUGACCUCUCCCCGGCCACCAGUCAACUCAUGUACGACCUCCUCCCCAAAUACCUGGAUAGAGAAUGCUACCCUGUGUACCUCGGCGGGGUUAAAGAAACCACCGAGUUGUUGAAAGAGCGCUUCGACUAUAUUUUCUACACCGGGGGCACAGCGGUGGGGCAAAUUAUUCACAAAGCGGCCAAUCGCUACCUCACACCUGUCACGCUAGAACUCGGCGGGAAAAGCCCCGCCUACAUUGACGCCUCCGCUGACCUUGACAAAACCGUCAAGCGCGUCCUGUGGGGUAAAUGCAUCAACUCGGGGCAAACUUGUGUAGCCCCGGAUUACAUUCUCUGCACGAAGGAAGUCCAAGAUAAGUUCGUCAAGUGUGCCCAAAAGGUCAUGCUUGAGUUCUACGGACAGGACAUCCAGGAUUCGCCUGAUUACUGCCGGAUUGUCACUGAUAGACACUUCACUCGCUUGGUUGGACUUCUGUCAGGACUUAAAGUAGCACUUGGAGGUCGCUAUGAAGCUAAAGACCGCUUCAUAGAACCUACGAUUGCCAUAGAUGUAAGUCCGAACCACCCCAUCAUGCAGGAGGAGAUCUUCGGACCCAUUUUGCCCAUCAUACCCAUCAGUAGUGUGGACGAAGCCAUCACCUUCAUCAACAAGAGGGACAAACCUCUAGCUUUGUAUAUCUUUUCGACGAAGAAGAGAGAUCGGGAGAAGAUGCUUAAAGAGACGUCGAGUGGUGGGGUUUGUGUUAAUGACACGAUUAUGCAUAUAGCGGUGGAGGAUUUGCCCUUUGGGGGCGUGGGACAAAGCGGCAUGGGGGCGUACCACGGGAGCAAGACCUUUGAUACCUUCACCCACAAGAAGACGGUUCUGGUCAAGGACUUCCAAGCCCUACCCGAGAAGAUCCUAGCUAGUAGAUACCCACCCUACUCGGAUUCGAAAAUCGCUUUUAUCAACCUAGGGAUGAAAGAGAGGAGGCGGCUCUCGCUCAAGUACUUGCCACACAUAAUCAUGUUCUUACUGGGGGCGGCGGUCACAGUCGCCGUGUUUUACCUCUGCAAGUACGCGAAGUGAUGUGAUAUUUUUUAUUUUUGUAUUUUUGGUGUAUAAGUUUUUAAAUAAAUAGUGAGUUGGA